AUGGCUCAGCCGACCUACGUGCGCUCAAAUUCCGAGUCGACUUUCCGUGACGGAGCUUCAUCAGUAAAAGAUGAGUCCGAGCUCCACUAUGCAGGUCUUCGACGAAAAAAGCUUUGCGCUCUCAUUGCUUGCCUUGCCCUUAUGUCAAUUAUUACCAUUUUUCUCUUCGUUAUAAACUUGAUGAUCAUUCGAACAUUGCAAAUGGAUCAACACGGAAUGCGCUUUCUCAAGUUUCACUCUGUUUGGAACACGAAAACAAAAGAGAAAGAAAAAGUUGUUCAAUUCAGUGGCACGGAAAUCGAUUUGGGUGAAGUGGUGACAUUGACAGGAAAAGUGACAGGACAACUUGAGAGUGAUAUGGAUAUUCAAGGAAGUCGAGUCAUUUUGCAAGGCGGUGAAAUAGGCUCUCGACUCACGCUACAAGAAACAGGAUGCCGUAUUGAAGGAGCUUCAAAUUUUCAGGUGAUAUCCUCGCGAACAGGUCGCCCACUUUUUGCCGCUCAUCAACCACUCGUUUCAAUCGAUUGGAGAAUAAAGAAAUUGAGUGCACAAAAGAUUGUCACGAAUAAAAUUCGAUCCCCGGUGGAUGAGUCGUUGUCAAUCUCCGUCGACAAUGUCUCAAUUCGUGGGAAUGAGGCAAUCCGUCUAGAAGGGAAUAAAAUCAACUUUUCCUCGCCAAACUCCCUUGGUUUUAACACUUCGACGGACGGCUCUUUGCAUUUACACGGACGAAUCUCGAUCGGGAAUCCACAACGAGAGUUUCCUUUGUCACAAUCACCAGCUCUUUCAGCUUCAGUAGAUGCAUAUCGAGUUUGUAUCUGUAGCGGUGGAAAGUCGCGUCUUUUCAUCGUUCCCGGCAACAAGCCUUGCAUGGCUACUUUCGAUAUCUGC